GGUACGCUCAUGACGCCGCGAAAUUUUCCGACAGUGACAGUUUAACUUUUUAAAUCUAACCAGCCAGUCGCAAGAACUGGCCGGUUUUAUUUAAUUUUUUAAUUCUUUUCGGCCAGUAUUGAUCGAAGAAAAAUCCAGUGCUGGCGAAGUUUUGUUUUUUAAUUUUAUUUCGGCCAGUAUUGAUUGAAGUUUAAGUGCUGGCGAGUGCCAAUUUUUUUAAAUUGGAAAAUUGUAUUCUGCCGGUUUAAAAUGGGGUUUUUAGAAGAGAGGGAUUUUGAUACAGUGCCGACGAUUAAGGAGUUUUAUAAUGGAAAGACUAUUUUGAUCACUGGAGGGUCUGGUUUCAUGGGCAAAGUUUUGAUCGAAAAACUUCUGUACUCAUGUACGGACCUGGAUCGCAUUUACUUACUAAUGAGGACCAAGAAAGGGGUCAAAUCUGAGGACCGACUGGUUGAACUCUACGCCACAAAUUGGCUCUAUGACCGUUUGAAGAGAGAGAGGCCAGGUGUCUUCGAGUCCAAGGUUCACGUGAUUGCUGGAGACAUCCUGGAGCCAGGAUUAGGACUCUCCGAGGAAGACCGCACUCUUCUUGUCAACCGAGUCAACAUCAUAUUCCAUGUAGCGGCCAGUGUUAGAUUCGACGACCCUCUCACAUUUGCUUGCAAGUUGAAUUUGCAGGGGACGAAAGAAAUUGUUGAUUUGGCGAGGGACAUCACCGAUUUAAAGGCCCUAGUCCAUGUAUCUACCUCUUACUCUAACACGAACAGAGACCCAAUCGAGGAGGUCAUGUAUCCCCCCCACGCUGACUGGAGAGAUACACUCAAGGUCUGCCAGACUAUAGAUGAACAUACCCUGAGGAUCGUGACACCAAAGUACCUUGGUGAGCUGCCAAAUACCUACGUAUUCUCGAAGCAACUGGCCGAGCAUGUUGUCUACGAGCAAAAAGGACAGCUGCCUGCCGUCAUCAUUAGACCUUCCAUUGUGAUUUCGAGUGUGUCAGAGCCGAUGCCAGGUUGGAUUGAAAACUUCAAUGGACCAGUCGGGAUCCUUGUGGCCUGCGGAAAAGGGAUCAUGCGAAGUUUGUACUCUGAUCCUUCCCUGAUUGCUGACUACAUACCUGUCGAUGUCUCCAUCAAGAAUAUCAUCGCCGCUGCUUGGGCUAGGGGGACCAAACCCCUAGAGAAAACAGACGACAUUGAGAUCUACAACUCCUGCGCAGGGAAGCUCAACAAUAUUACAAUGGGGGAGCUUGUUGAGACGGGCAAGCGAAUGGGGGCAGAGGUACCCCUUAACGAUAGUCUGUGGAUGGUUGGAGGGGCUAUUACCACCUCCAAGACUAUACAUUACAUUAAGGUUUUAUUUUUGCACCUUUUGCCGGCCAUGUUUAUCGAUCUCAUUUUAUGGAUACUCGGAAAGAAACCAAUGUUAAUAAAAGUGCAAAGGAGGAUCUACAUCGCGAACCUGGCUCUCCGUUAUUACGUGACGAAGCAAUGGACCUUUGACAACAAGAACUUCGUCAAGCUCAGAUCAAAAAUAAAAAAGGAAGACCAAGCCGAGUUCUACUAUGAGGUUGAAAAUGUGGAUAAGUUCGACUAUUUCAUGCAAUGCAUCAUCGGUGGACGGAGGUACUUGCUGAAGGAGAAAGAUGAGGAUCUACCUAAAGCCAGGGCUCACUACAAGAGGGUAUACUGGCUGGACAAAUUGGUGAACUGCCUAUUCUACUGCUUCCUAUUUUGGAAGAUUGUCAAUUCCAGUUAUCUUCAGGAGUUCUUUCUUGGCUUCAAGGAGUUAUUCUAAGAUUUGAGUCAUAUUUGGUAAUUUUGUGUUUAGUCAGUCAUUAGUAUAUUUGGGCAUUUCUGUUUUAAGAUUUUUUAAGAACUGGGAAACAAGUUUUGAGGCUAUUAGAUGAUCAAUGAGAAAAAUGUUUUUUUUUUUAUAGGUUUGCUCCGUUUUAUACAUACACACAGAACGAACAAUAAAAUAAAAAAAUGUAAUAUAAAUUUUUAAUUACAAUUUUUUUGCAGUAAGAUUGUAAAAAUCCUAUUUAGAAUUUUAAAUGAAAACUAUAUAAGUAUGUAAAUAAUUGAAAAGUCGACAUUGAAAGUUAAAAUAAAAAUGCCCAUUUAUAAAAUAACUGAUUUAGUUUCUAAUAUGCUAUCAAAUUAAUUAAAUAGCCAGAAGGAAAAUUUAAAGUAAUUGCAUUGUAUGUAUAAUAUCUGUCUGCGAAUGUAUAAUUAAAAAUAUUUAUAAUUUAUGUAUGUAAUAUUUAAAUCUUAUUAGAAAUAACCUCGCAUAACUAAGUUAAAAGCAACCAAAUGGGAAAAUGUGUAAAAAUAUUAACCAAAGUGACCAAAGCAAGUUACCAAAAUCAUGUGAUCGAAAUAGCCAAUAUUGAUUAUAAUUAAGUAAUAAUAUAAAUAAAUGAAUGUACAAUUUUUUUUAUAACUACUUAUGAAUAAUAAACGAAGUUUUUUGUUGAA